AGGAGGACGGAACCAUUCAUUCUUCUGUGGCCCCGGAGAAAACGUGGAGGAGGAUGAAGAGAGUCUGAUGACAAAAAGGAGUCGAAACAACCGAGUUGGGAGACUGAAGUACUGAGAGCUCGGAGAAAACCCGGUUCCGAGGAUCUUCCUGAGGUUUCAGAACGUCACGUUGCGCACAGCGUCGAAGCAGCAGCGAAAGAGAAGUCUUACAUCAUCUGGCUUUAACUGAAGAGAUCUGUCUUUCUCCUGCUCCAGCGUUCACACAAGAGGUGUGUCUCAUGACGCCAGCGGGCUGGCUCAGAAAACACAACCUCAGUACGAUGUAGACACUAAAAAUCAGGGAGCAGAAAACUUCUGAAGACCCAGCUGAGACCGGGAGAAAACAGCUGUGUUCAGACAACACCGACAGGCGAUAAGAAGUGAAGGAACAGCAGAGGGAAACUGUGAAUCAUUGACGUGAACUCAACUCUGUCCUUCCUCUGAAAGGUUCGCUCGCUGUCACGCUUCCACUGGAGGAGGAUCACAACCUCAGCUCCUCAGCCCACCCACAAUCCCCCCUGAAAUCUGAGCAGAGUCGCUUCAAGCCACUGUCAGCAUGUGCCAUGUUAUUGUCACCUGCCGCUCCAUGUUGUGGACCCUGCUGAGCAUUGUGGCUGCGUUUGGAGAGCUCAUCGCCUUCAUGAGCACUGACUGGCUGGUGGGAUAUCCUCGCACCCCUGAUGCCGUCUUCGGCUCCCACGGGACCACUGCAGCCGGCGAGGCCUACAGACCGACUUUAGGCAUCUAUGGCCGCUGUAUAAAGCUGCCCCACACUCAGCGGGGAGUACUGUGCGGACCGUACGCCAUUCACUUUGGGGAGAUUGCCAGCGGGUUCUGGCAGGCGACCUCCAUCUUCCUGGCUGCAGGGAUCCUGCUGCUGUGUGCCGUGGCUUUCAUCUCAGUCUUCACCAUGUGUUUCCAAAGCAUCAUGAAGAAAAGCAUCUUCAACGUGUGCGGACUGCUGCAAGGGAUUGCAGGUCUGUUCCUGAUCCUGGGUCUCAUGUUGUACCCCGCUGGCUGGGGUUCAGAUAAGGUCCAGCUGUUCUGCGGUCCAGACGCGGCUCCGUACCGGGCCGGGCUCUGCUCCAUGGGCUGGGCUUUCUACACUGCCAUGGGCGGCACCGUGCUCACCUUCAUCUGCGCCGUCUUUUCCGCUCAGGCUGAGAUCGCCACCUCGAGUGACAAGGUCCAGGAGGAGAUCGAAGAGGGCAAGAGUCUGAUCUGCCUCCUCUGAGGCUUCGGCAACAAUCGGAAAGAGAAGGAGAAUGAAAGUGAGGCAGGUUAAAGGGAGGGUCUGGACACUUUGGAAGUUGUGUUCUGUCAAAUAGUUAUCAAUUGUUAGUGCCUUAGUGACAUAUCCAGGCUAGGCUAAUGGGUUAGCCAAACAAAGACUGUCUUUUGUUUACACUCAUAAGCUAACCUUUCUUAGAAAUAACAUCAGUGUGAAAGAAUGCUUCAUUAGCUAAUAUUAGACUUCUGCAUGACAAUAGCUGUGUUUCCAUUGACCAUGAAAAUGCACAAAUUAGAAUUUAGAAAAUAAAUUUGCUCAAUGGAAA